AAACAAACAAAAAACAAAAAACAAAAAAAGGAAACAAGUUCUUUGUCAAACGUCGUGAAACGUGCCCGGGCACCGGAGCCAAUGGGCUGCCCGUGCGGCACCUCCUCCCAUCACGUCGCGCUCGCGGCAGUAUGGCCGCCGUCCUGGAGCCGUUAGACUGCUGAGACCCUCGGUCACUCGCGAGACUGAAGACGCAGCUAAAACAUGUCGGCCUUGCUCUAUCUGAAAACGGCGCUGAGCCGACUGCCUCCGUGCGCUGCUCGGCAAGUUCUGGGCUGCUGUUACCACACGGAGAGAGGGGUGUACGGUUACCGACCCAAGCAGACCGGCCGGGAGCACGAGCUGCCGGGCGACCGGCUCUCUGCGCUGAACCAAGAUCAUGGUCUUGCCCGUCUCGUGGAGGCGUUCAGAACACACGGACACAAGGCUGCUAAAAUUAACCCCUUACUACCCCAGAAGCCUGUUGUGGACAGCGUCCCUGAGAUAAACAUGCUGACCGACACCAUGACAGGAACACUCAACACCUCAGGUCUGCAGCACUUUGGGAAAGCACAAGCCUCUGUGGAAGAGGUCUGUGCCUACCUGGAAGAAACCUACUGUGGGCACCUGUCUGUGGAGACCAGCCAGCUGAGCAGCCUGGAAGAGAGGGAGUGGUUCGCCAACCACUUUGAGGAGCUCCAGAAAAAGAGCUUUGCUCCAGAGGAGAGGAUCCGGCUGGCCAAGAUCAUGCUGGAGUCACAGGAAUUUGACCACUUUCUGGCCACUAAGUUUGCCACCGUUAAGCGUUAUGGAGGAGAAGGAGCAGAGAGCAUGAUGGGAUUUUUCUAUGAGCUUUUCCACCAGUCGGCACACAGCGGAGUUACAGAUGUAGUUAUCGGCAUGCCUCACAGAGGCCGACUCAACCUCCUGACCGGCCUGCUGAAGUUCCCGCCCGAGCUGAUGUUCCGUAAAAUGCGCGGCCUCAGUGAGUUCCCAGAAACCUCGCCCGCCAUCGGGGACGUCCUCUCCCACCUCACAUCCUCUGUGGAGUUAGAUUUCAAAGCAGGACAUCCACUUCAUGUCACCAUGCUGCCCAACCCAUCUCACCUCGAGGCCAUUAACCCCGUAGCUCAGGGCAAAGCCCGAGCCAGGCAGCAGCUCAGGAAGGAGGGCGACUAUUCGCCGGAGGACAAUGCCCAGCCUGGCGACCAAGUCAUCUGCCUACAGGUCCAUGGUGAUGGGUCUUUCACUGGUCAGGGGAUUGUUCCAGAAACCUUGACCCUCUCGAACCUUCCCCACUACAGAGUUGGUGGGAGCAUCCACCUCAUCGUGAACAACCAAGUGGGUUACACAACUCCGUCAGAGAGAGCAAGGUCGUCUUUGUACUGCAGUGAUGUUGGUAAGAUGGUGAACUGUGCUGUGAUCCACGUGAACGGCGAUGAUGCGGAGGAUGUGCUGCGGGCCACGCGGCUGGCUGUGGACUAUCAGCGGCUGUUCAGAAAGGACAUCAUCCUGGAUCUCAUCUGCUACCGCCAGUGGGGCCACAAUGAGCUGGACGAGCCCUUCUUCACCAACCCGGCCAUGUACAAGAUCAUCAGAUCCCGUAAGAGCGUCCCUGAUACCUACUCUGACCAGCUGAUAUCUGAGGGUCUGAUGACUGAGGCGGAGCGCCAAGAGAUCAAAUCUAGACACUACGGCAUGCUCAAUGACAAGCUGGCCAACAUGACCCUGUACAGCCCACCCCCCACCAACCUGCAGGGCCGCUGGGGGGAUCUAGUGGAGCCCCAGGCCAGGGUCACCACCUGGGACACAGGAGUCCCCGUACCUCUGCUGCAGUUUGUAGGGGCCAAAUCUGUGGACAUCCCCGAGCAAAUACAGCUGCACAGCCAUCUCGGAAAGACUCACAUGCAGGCCCGGUUGCAAAAGCUGGAAGACGGAACAAAGCUUGACUGGUCGACAGCUGAGGCCCUGGCUUUUGGCUCUCUUCUCUCUCAAGGCUUUAAUAUUCGGAUCAGCGGGCAGGACGUCGGGAGAGGCACGUUCAGCCAGCGGCAUGCCAUGGUGGUGUGUCAGGACACCAACGACAUGUUCAUCCCUCUGAAUCACAUCAGUCCCCAGCAGACCGGGUUCCUGGAGGUGUGCAACAGCCCUCUGUCUGAGGAGGCCGUGCUGGGAUUUGAGUACGGCAUGAGCAUCGCACAGCCGAAGCUUUUGCCCAUCUGGGAGGCUCAGUUUGGCGAUUUCUUCAACGGAGCGCAGAUCAUCUUUGACACCUUCCUCUCUGGAGGGGAGGCCAAGUGGCUGCUGCAGUGUGGGAUGGUGAUCCUGCUGCCUCACGGCUACGACGGAGCCGGACCCGAGCACUCGUCCUGCCGCAUGGAGCGCUUCCUCCAGAUGUGCGACAGCAAAGAGGAGGGCGUGGAUGGCGACAACGUGAACAUGGCAGUGGUCAACCCCACAACGCCGGCUCAGUACUUCCACCUGCUGAGGAGACAGAUGAUACGCAACUUCCGCAAACCUCUCAUUGUGGUCGGACCGAAGACACUGCUGAGAUUCUCUGGGGCCAUGUCAAGCCUGACUGAACUGGCACCAGGAACGUCCUUCCAGCCGGUGUUGGGGGACACUUCUGUCUCAGCAGAGAGUGUCCAGAAGGUGGUGCUGUGCUCCGGGAAGCAUUACUACGCCCUGCUGAAGCAGAGGGAGGCGUCCGCAGCCAACCAGAACACAGCGCUCAUCCGUGUGGAGGAGCUGUGUCCGUUCCCUCUGGGGGCUCUGCAGCAGGAGCUCCAAAAGUACCCCAAUGCCAAAGAGUUUGUCUGGAGUCAGGAGGAGCCUCAGAACAUGGGUCCCUGGUCCUUUAUCGCGCCCAGGUUUGAGAAGCAGCUCGCCUGCAAGCUCCGGUUAGUGAGUCGACCUGCUCUGCCCGCCCCUGCUGUCGGUAUAGGAACCCUUCACCAUCAACAACAAGAGGCCAUCCUCACUGCUACCUUCUCCUGAGGCUAAACUAGACCAAUUUUUAAACAAGCAAGACCUGCUUUGGUACUACACUACAUCUUUUAUCUGCCACACAGGUCACCACAGGACAGAAACAUGGAACAUCAGAACAAUGUGGAGGUGUGGUCCUGGAACAGAUCAACCCGUAGUUUGAAAAACAAAUCCAUGAUAGUGUUUGAGAAAAAAAAGUGUUUCCUAGGUGAAACAGUUGGCCUUUUAGUCUUUUAGUUUGUAGCAUUUCUCUCAUCCGGUAAGCCCCAAAGGCCUCUGAGAUGACGUUUACAGGGUCACUUAUAGCGUCUAUAGCACCGAGGAUUGCAUGUUCAACCUGUGCAGGAUGUGUUCAAGGAAUCAAAACCAUCUCAUGCAUUUUGAUAAUCUCAGUGCAGGCCGUCCAAACAUCACAUCUGAGAAGGAGAGGCUACAGGUUAGAACCGAAAGAAGAGUUUUUACUGUUGUGAUUGUUAAUCCUUCCAUGGGUCACUUGUUCCAUUUCACAAAUUUAGACUCGGAUGCACCAAAGCAAAAAUAUGGUAAUCAGUAAAACUGGAAAUCAGUAGAGUAAUUAAUAAGGGCUAAUGUAAAUACACCGAAUCUGAAUAUUUUCAAAUAAAUCUAUUUUCAUGUUUGAGCUUCGUGUUUCGAUACACAUUUGUCUUGUAAAUGAGUCCACACACCUUGUAUAAUGUUCAGUGUGUUUUUGUGAAAGGAGUCGUUCUGUUAUAGACCAGUCUGGAUAACACCCUGGUUUUGUAUCCAUUCUUCUAAAAUUAUUUUAUUUGAAGUUUACUUUAAUUUGAAUAUGAAUUUGAUGAUUUGCACUCGGGGAACACCAGUCCAUACAUUCAUCAGUCUCAUGAAGAAAGGUGGUGCUUGUUGAGUUUUAACAAAAAUAAUCCCUCACCAUGAAGCCUUUAAACAGUGUUCACAUAUGCACAGCUACUCUUCUUUCAGACUUGUAUAUUGCAUCUUUUUAUUUUUUUUCAGGCGUUGCUAAAUCAGCGUCCUCCUGAUGAGGGAAAAAGUUGAGACAAUCAGCAGCUUUUGGAGGUUUGGCUGAACCUGAUACUUAUUCAUGUCUGUCUGAUUUGAGGGGAAAAAAGGAAAAUGUUGGGCGUGCUGUGAGUUCGCUCCCUGAAAUAGCAGCACUCCAAUCAGAUCAACAAUGUGCACCAGAGGCUUUUCUACAAUUUGUGUGAUAUUUAUUCGAUGGGCCUUCUGGCACUUUGAAAAAUGACUUGGUGGUUUCAAUAUUUUGAUUUCUUCCCUUUGAUUGUCGUUCACGUGGAGUUAACUCCCCCCAAAAAACAAACACAAAUUCAACCAGAAAGCAACCGUAGCAAGAAAAAAAAAACAAUGAACAAGGGAUAUCUUUUCCAGGCACUUCUUUAUGCCGUUUCCCUUCAAUCGAUCAAAUGGUGCAGACGGGGGAUAGAAUGUUGUGGCUGCUGCAUUGUUCCAAACCAGAAAGCUGCUCAUUUAGAGCCUCCUCUGGUUCAUGUCUAAUGCAAAAUGCACUCAUUAUGCUAUUUUAAUUCUUAUACAUGUUUCUUAAGAUAAAAAAAAUGUGUGUCUGUGUAUGUAAAUCCAUCUUGAACAUUCAAUCCCCUGUUGCACCCUAGGUUUCGUUUAGCUUUUUUCAUUUUUUUCUUUGCGAAAAAGAAGGGCAUGUACCUGACCAGCUUCAGCAGCACAGAACACGGAGGCUCGGAUUACAGCGCAUAGAGGGAGAGGGACAUUUUAUCCUCUGAGGAUACAGUGUCCCCCCCAAUGCAACCUUACAUUCAGGUAGUCUGAAAGAGUUAACAGAAAAGCGAGACAUUAAAAAUACUGGAGAUGUUAUGUUCAAAGUUCAAAUUUGUAAAUACCUGGAGCAAUUUAUUGACUUUCAUUAUUAUGGAGUAGUGGUCCCAGCUCCCGCCUCUACACUAGCAGAUAAACGCUGGUUUUAAGGUGGGGAUUUUGUCAUUUAUUGGAGCUUUUCUCUACACAAUUAGAAUGGGUUAAAGUUAGAUGGAGGAUGGUACUGCCCAGUGUGACACAACAGGCUCAGACAAAGAAAAACAACUCCUCAUUGUUCCCGUUUGACCAUGUCUGCAAGCUUCUUAGGCCCCUGGUGGAUCUAAAACUGAGCGUUGUUAUGAACACAGGAAUAUUGGCUUUGUUUUCAGCUUUAGAUGAGCACAGAUAUUUUAAGGACAUUUAUUUCAACUGGUUUAUCCCAAAACGUGGAGCUCCAC